GUCACGUGUUCCAAAGCUUUCACCAGAGGAGGAGGAAGAGGAAGAGGAGGAGGAAGAAGAAGAGGAGGAGGAAGAAGAGGAGAAUAACAGAAAUACUACUACUACUAUUACUACUACUAUUACGAUACUAUGGACCUGAGCGCGGAUUUGAAAACGUAAACAAACCUUUGGCGGGAGACAGGAAAGACACAAACUCCCACAAAAUUAUCGAAGAAAUGGCCGAGGAGGAGCUGCAGGAGGCUAUAAACUUCCUAAUAUCAAACAAGGGCAAGCGGCCCAAGGAUGUGUCGGUGACCUCCAUCAAGGAGCGGGUGGUGAAGGUGGAGAAGGCUGCGCUGGAGGGCCUGGACGCUGCCACCAUCGCCACCCUCGCCACCGUGGUUAUAUUCACUGAAGGAUACAAUAUACAAAUACGCCGUCGUCUGCUGCACUCCCUCAUUCCUAAGGGCCCAGACUUUCCGCUACAAGUGGUUCCGCUGGCUGUGUCCUCUGCCGCAGUCAAGAAUCCGAGCCUGGUGUGGCAGCUGUCGGUCCUGGUGUGGCUCAAGGGUCUGCUGGAGUUUGGGGUCGUCCUGGGCACUGAGCCGCUCGUACACAUCUGCUACACAUCUGUCUUCAAUAUGACCUCCACCCUCAUGCUGUGCCCCCUUGCCUGCAGUGUUCUCUACCACAUGACGGUGCGCGAGGAUGUGACCCCAAACCGCAUCCAGACACUCCUUCGCCUCGAGCAGAAACCAGCUUACUGCAUACCCACGGCCUUCCUGCUACGACUGUACCACCUGUUUCGGCCGGACAUGGUGGUGGCGCGACUGUCGGACCAUUCCCUGGUGGUGCGCCUGGCCCCCGCCCUAAAGACCAGGCUCCUCAAUGCCCGCCAGAGGAUGCAGGACAGCCCCGACCUGCCUGUUGGGGGCCUGGGUGGCGACCGAGUGUGGCAGGAUGGGACCAAGGCAGAGAAGUUCAAUGUCUACCAGCGCCCCUCGGCCAUUCCGCAGCCCCAGAUCUCGGUCAUCGCCGCAACGGUGGAGGAGCAGAAGGAGAAGGUCCUCUACACCACACAGUAUCAGAGGUUCUUGGAUAUGGUGCGCGGACUGGACCAGUGGGGUUUGUGGGUGUGGCCGGGUAACAGCUGUGCCCACCUGUCCUGCCCCCUGGUCAUCUCCCUCUUCCGGCCUCACCACAAGGAAAUCCAGGUGCAUCUCACUAAUUGGCUUGAGGUAGCACUAAGGACAGAGGUCAUCGAGGGCAUUGGCACCCCCAGUAUGGAGCGCCGCGAGUCUCUGCUGCGUGCCACCCUGGAGCUGUGCCGCGCCACUGCCACCACGCUGCCGGUGGUCAACAAUUUCCUGGUGGAGCUGAUGGCCAAGUGGAACUACAAAGAUCACUUGACGGAGAUUCUGGAGCUGCUGCAGUUUGUGACGUUUUCAUCCCUGGAGACGAUGCUUGAUACCCUGAUCCAGCUGACCUCCAGACUGCUGCUGUGUGCGUCCCUGGUGCCAUGGUGCCGCGUGGUGGAGGCACUCACCAACACCGCCUGCCAGUGGGCCCUCACAGCGCACCGCCAGGCAGCCUACCCCACUCCUGAGGGCUAUGAGUGGCCCCAGCAGGUGGACAAGGAGCGAGCAGUGAUGGGGCUGUGGAUCUUGACGGAGAGGAUGGAGCGCUACCUGCUGGCGGGUGUCAUCAACCACCACGCCCACCCCCUGGCCCUCCACCACACCCUGGACUACUAUGAGAAGGUCAGCCAGUGUUGCGAGCGCCUCAAGGUUCCACUGACCUUCUUCCCACCCCCGAUAAUGACCCUGGUGGUGAUGACCUCACAUGACCUCACUGUUGCCCAUCGCUUUGCCCAGACCAUGGCCAGCAUGAAGCGCAGGAUGGGGCUGUUGGAGAAGCUGCAAGAGGAGGGUGUGCAGGAGGAGCUGCUGGAGGAGUGUCUGUACCGGGCACGCUACAUCAACGAGAACAUUCUCCUCUUCCUGGGCGGUGUGCUCAUGGGCAAGGCCCUGACACCACGCUGGAGGGAGAAACUCGAACUGUUCUACCCCUUUGACUCCCUGGAGGAGGCACUGAAGAAGAGAGAAGCAGAGCGUAUCACAGCCAUCACACACAACCUGGCCUACCUACCCCUGGCCACCCCGGCCCUCACUCGCACCAAGGGGACAUGGACACAAGCAGAGUUUGAGGAGGCCGUCAAUGAGGUGCUGGAUGGCCUGAGGGAGAUGGGUCUGACCGGCAUUGAGGAGUGUAGCAAGGCGUACAGGAGAGGCGAAGGAGGGAAGGAAGAGGAGGAAGAAAUGGAUGAAAGAUAAAGGAAGAAGAGGAAGAAAUGGAUAGAAGAUGAAGGAAGGGAGGAAGUGAAGGAAAAGGAAGGAAGGUAAGAAAAAUAUAUACACAAAAGAUUGGAAGAAGAAGGAAGAGAAAGACCAAGAAAGUGAAGGAGAAAGAAGGAAGGAUACAAGGAUAAAGAAAGGAAGGAAAAGAAGGUCAAAGAGAAAAGAAGGAAGGAAGGAAGAAGAGAAUAAUACAGUGAAGGAAGGAUGGAGGGAAGGAAAAACAGACCCAAGGAAGGAAAACAGAACCAAGGAAGGAAAGAAGGAAGGAAGGAAAAACAACCAAGAGGGAAAGAAUGAAGGAAAAAAAACACAAGGAAGUGAAAUAGGAAAUAAGGAAGAACAGAAAACAGGAAAAGAAAGUCAGUCCAGGGAAGUGAAGGAAGGAAGGAAGGAAAGAAGGAAGGAAGGAAAAACAACCAAGAGGGAAAGAAUGAAGGAAAAAAACACAAGGAAGUGAAAUAGGAAAUAAGCAAGAACAGAAAACAAGAAAAGAAAGAAAGUCCAGGGAAGUGAAGGAAGGAAGGAAGGAAAGAAGGAAGGAAGGAAAAAUAACCAAGAGGGAAAGAAGGAAGGAAAAAAAAUGACCAAGGAAGUGAAAUAGGAAAUAAGCAAGAACAGAAAACAGGAAAAGAAAGAAAGUCCAGGGAAGUGAAGGAAGGAAGGAAGGAAAGAAGGAAGGAAGGAAAAACAACCAAGAGGGAAAGAAGGAAGGAAAAAAAAUGACCAAGGAAGUGAAAUAGGAAAUAAGCAAGAACAGAAAACAGGAAAAGAAAGAAAGUCCAGGGAAGUGAAGGAAGUGAAGGAAGGAGGAUUAAAGAAUGGAGAGAAGGCAAGGAGGUGAAGGAAAUGGAGACAGGAGAGUAAGAUAGGACAGAAUUACAUCAAUUUUACCCAUUAUCUUUUUCUUCUUUAUCUUUUUCCUUCAUCUUAGUGACUUAGUCUAAUAAGGACAAUUACAUCAUUAUUUUUCUCAUCUUUUUUAUCUUAUUUUGCUGCAUCUUAGUUUAAUAAGGACAGAAUUACAUUAUUAUUUUACUUUCUAAUCUUCUUUUUAUUUAUCUUAAGUAAUUUUUCAAGUUGCGAUUCUUUAUUUCUGCCGUGUUUUAAUCAUAUUUUUCAAGGUUUUAUUAUUUUCUUUAUCUGGGCGAAUAUUUAUUUUAUUUUACUUAUUUCUGCCGUGUUUUAAUCUUAUUUUUCAAGGUUUUAUUUUCUUUAUCUGGGCGAAUAUUUAUUUUAUUAUUCUUUAUUUCUGCCGUGUUUUUAUUUUAUUUUUCAGGGUUUUAUUAUUUUCUUUAUCUGGGCGAAUAUUUAUUUUAUUAUUCUUUAUUUCUGCCUUGUUUUUAUUUUAUUUUUCAAGGUUUUAUUAUUUUCUUUAUCUGGGCGAAUAUUUAUUUUUUCUUUAUUUCUGCCGUGUUUUUAUCUUAUUUUUCAAGGUUUUAUUUUCUUUAUCUGGGUGAAUAUUUAUUUUAUUAUUCUUUAUUUCUGCCUUGUUUUUAUCUUAUUUUUCAAGGUUUUAUUUUCUUUAUCUGGGUGAAUAUUUAUUUUAUUAUUCUUUAUUUCUGCCGUGUUUUUAUCUUAUUUUUCAAGGUUUUAUUUUCUUUAUCUGGGCGAAUAUUUAUUUUAUUAUUCUUUAUUUCUGCCUUGUUUUUAUCUUAUUUUUCAAGGUUUUAUUAUUUUCUUUAUCUGGGCGAAUAUUUAUUUUAUUAUUCUUUAUUUCUGCCUUGUUUUUAUUUUAUUUUUCAAGGUUUUAUUAUUUUCUUUAUCUGGGCGAAUAUUUAUUUUAUUAUUCUUUAUUUCUGCCGUGUUUUUAUUUUAUUUUUCAAGGUUUUAUUAUUUUCUUUAUCUGGGCGAAUAUUUAUUUUAUUAUUCUUUAUUUCUGCCUUGUUUUUAUUUUAUUUUUCAAGGUUUUAUUUUCUUUAUCUGGGUGUAUAUUUAUUUUAUUAUUUUUUAUUUCUGCCUUGUUUUUAAUCUAAUCUUUCUACAUUUUCUUCUUAUUAUUAUUUUCAUAUGGGUAUUAACUCCAAUUUUCCUCAAUUAUUUCCUAUUUUUCUAAGACAAGGAAGCAGGGACCAAAAAACUCACCCUUAGGAAUAUAUAUAAUGUAUACUCAACACUGUAAGAGCUAUUUUUUUUAUUGAAUAAGAAAAAUAAUUUACUAAUAACACAGCA